AUGAGUGACAAAGACCAUGAAGUGGCGGUUACUAAUAUUGUGGACUCCUUGGGCCUGUUACGGAAAGUUGAAAGUUUCUAUGGAAUAAUAAAAUAUCGAAUGAUAGAUGGUCAGUUAGUUGAACCUAAUAUAGCGAUGAAGAGCUAUGGGAUCUUUAUACCAGUUUGCAUAGUAUUUGUAUGGACUAUUAUCAUUUUGGACACAUGGUUUGAUAUACAAGUGAACAUUUUUUUUAAUUCUCAUUUGGACUCUACUGACUACAUAGACAGACUGCCGAUGGUAGUUACAGUGGUGCAGAGUUCUUUUGCUCUUGUAGUAUUCCUUUGCAACGAUUUUAAAUUUCACUUGGAAACAUUGUUCUUGUACCUUUAUGUAAAGAUGAUAUCUAAAAGAAUUGAGGUUCUAAACAAAUAUUUAAAUCAUUUUGUAGAGAAGAAAGCAAAGAUCAGACCUAUAGUAAUCUUCAAAGAAAAUCUGGAGGUGAAUAAACUGGGUGAUUACAUAGGACAUAUUAAUCAUGAAAAUACGAAAAUUACAUCUUUAGCCUUUGCUUAUGAAACUUUAGGGGAAUCUUUGUCAUUACUGAAUAAUAUGUGUUCAAUCAACAUUUUCUUGUACCUCGCCUCGAACUUCAUUUACAUAAUCAUAUCAUUAUGGUCUUUUGUACAUUUUAUACGAACUAAAGAUCACUUAAGUUCCUUACCGGGAAUAAUAUUCGAGAGUUCAGUUGAAAUAAGUGUUGUCAUAAUUAUGUGCUACGUUUGUGAAGAGUUGACUAUGAAACGACGGUCCACAAGGAUUCUAGUCAACGAGAUCGUUAUGGACUAUAAGCUGCCAAAUGAGAUGAGAAUUCAAGCAAAGUCAUUUUUUGAUUUGAUAGAAGUUUGGCCAUUGCAGGUGUAUGCCAGCAGAAUGUUUUGUAUGAAUAUACAACUACUGCUUGGCUUUGUUAGCGUGUCGUCAACGUACUUGAUUUUUAUUAUUCAAGCAACGAAUUAG